CGAUUGGUCAGGUCUGAACCAUCUCAAAGCGUUCCGACGGUAAACAGACCGGUCCGGUCGGCGGUUCUCGCGGAACAUGGACUCUGAAGCUGUGGUCACGGUUCGGCUGGUCCGGUCUUUCGAACACAGGAAUUUCAAGCCUGUAGUGUUCCACGGAGUCAAUCUGGACCAGACGGUCCAGGACUUUAUGCGUGUCGUCAGAGAAGACAUAUCAACAAGAGCUGGGCUCCCUCCGCCCUUCAGAACCUUUCCCUACGACACGAUGAAGAUCAUCCAUCAGGCUCAUGGAGCUAAGACAAACGAGCUGGUUAUGAGUGUGGAUGAAGAUGAUAAGCUCAUCCUGCAGGAUGGACAAACCCUGCGAUCUGCAGGAGUUGCUAAUGAAACAGAAGUGGCCUUCUUCAGGAAAGAGGACUAUGGUUUGUACAAAGCAAACCCCAGAACCUCGUGGUGACCUGGUGACUGAGGUUCCAGCAGGCAAUCUGGUGCCAGAACCAGAAAAACCAACUGGACCUUGAUGUCUCCACAGAGGAAUCUUACGGUAGCCCUGACCCGUCUCCAGAUGUUUCACUUCCUGUUCAUGUAAACAGAACUUUGGGCACUUACUGGUUCAUGGAAGCCUGACUUUGCUUUAUUUGUGUUUAUUAAAGUGUUUCACUUGAUGGAAACAGCUGAAUGGGUCAGACUAGAUCAUGUGGACACCUGGACUACUGCAAAAAUAAUAACCAUGUAAUAAUAAUUAACCAUUAGUCCCCAUUAACAGGAGCAGGGUGUUGUUUAUAAACCUGGCUCCUAAUGAGGUGAAAAGGUUUUCUGCACAAUGACGUUAAUAACCUUUAUUACCAAUAUGAAUACAUGUGUGUUUUAAGCCCACUAGGUAUUUAUUUAGUGGAGGUGAAACACCUAAACCAAUAAGCUUCAGGACUAACAUUAAUAUUCAACAUUUUUGCUCAGGUUGUUUACCUGUUUGACUUCUUUGACUCAGCUCCUAUCAAGUACUUAUAAAAAUGUGCACACAUGGGUUUACUAAAGGGUUAGUAAUAGUUUUCAUUAGUUGCACAUAGUGUUCAUUUAAAACUCAAAUGUUCCGUUUUUGUCCGCCUUAUUUUGUAUUUAUUCUACUCUUUUAUUAUGUUGCCUUCAUCUAUUUCCAUCCAAAUAAAGAAUCUGUCCAGACUAGUUCAUCA